AAGAAGAAUACUGAAUAAACAUCAACAUUGCAUUUUAACCCUGUGUUUAUAUCCACUAUGGGCUCUUACCCAGGCAAUUAUGUUUCGUUCUUUAUGUAAAUUCUAAAAUUGUGUUCGACUGUCCUGUAUCACACGAAUUUUCCCAACGUUCCAGCAUGCAAGAGCAGAAACUUCUAAAGAGGAAACGUCGUGCUAAAGAAGACAAUGAUUUGAAUCAACUGGCCAUUGCGUGUCACAAUCUCGGUGAAUACUAUAACGAGCAAUUGGAUUACGAGAAUGCGUUGAAAAACUUCGAGGAGGCUGCAACCCUUCACAAAUCUAAUGGCUCAUCGAAUGUAGACCUUGGCAAGUCACAUCGAAUGAUUGGAGAAAUGUACAUGCUCUUGGGGGAUUUCGAUAAGUCACUGCAACAUGAACAAAUCUAUCUGGAAUGUUCAAAGUCUGCACAGAAUGCAAUCGAAGAACAACGUGCAUAUGCUACAAUUGGAAGGGUACAUCUGCUACAUGGACAAAGUCUUACUGGUGUCGAAGAGAGCACACCACAACUGAAAAAAGCCGAGAAGGCAUUUUUGAAAAGCCUCCUUGUGUGCAAAGGGCUACGUGGACUGUCUAAAAUGGAAAUCGUUGACAUGGAAGCUCGUCUCUAUCUGAAUCUUAGUGUCGUUAAGGAAAGCCUGGAAGAUUUCGAUGAUUCGAUUCAAUUCAUGGAAAAGGCGCUGACACUCUGCCGCAAAAACGAACUAUUUGAACUCUUGCAUCAAUGCUAUGUCACAGCGGCCUUAUUCUACCACUUGAGACAAAAUGAAAACACAAAGGCCUUAAGGCUGUUGAACUUGGCUUUGGAUGUAGCCGAACGGUUGCCAGAAAAGGUGCUGAAGAUGUGCGAAACGCUGACUGCAAAAUCGGAUAUUUUCAUCAAAACCGGUGAUUUUCAGAGCGCGAAACAGGUCCUUCAUAAAGCGUACAAAUUGAGGAGUACCAAUAAGGAUGACCGUGAGACAGUAGAGAAGCGGUUGAGAGUUGUUGCAGCAUUAUGUUACACUGAGGAUGCACUUUUGGCUCUCGAUUCCGAAGAUUACUUAACGAAAAAAAAUCUGUACGAGAAAAUGGGUGAUGGAGCUUGUGCUCUACAGAACUAUGAAAAGGCCAUCGAUUACUACCUAAAAAUGAUGGAAAUGGCUGAAUCUGGUCACUUAGACAGGAAGGAACUCAUUCCCGUUUACGUUUCGCUGUACCAAACGUACACCGAUCUGAAACAAUACGAUGAGGCUUUGGUUUAUCUGAAAAAAGAGAAAGAAUUGAACAAAGACGAUCCUAAGGAAACCACUGCGACACUAAUUCAAAUCGCUGACCUCUACGACCUGUCCGGUAGAGGAUUUUGGGAAGUUGAAAAUGUUUACCAGGAAGCACGAACUGAAGCACAAAAACUGAACGAUCUGAAAUUGGAGAAAAAAAUUGGUUUGAAACAGAUUGCACUUCGGAAGAAGCACAAAAUGACGACACUCGCGGAUAUUCUCAUCGACGAGUUGAAGAUGAGCGGAAUCGAUGUUAACAUAGAUGCAGACGAAGGUGGUAGUGACACGGAAGAGAGCCAAGGCAGUGACUUUGAAAAAAAUACACCGGACAUUGGAGAAGAUAUCUGUUUGAGCGACAUAUCCGGGUCAGAUUGUGAUGAUGAAACGGCAAAUACGAGCAGUUCACGUACACGCAAGAAACGUGGUCAAUCAUUUGCUGUUAAACGAAACGAGAAAGGAGAAACGCAACUGCAUCAGGCAUGUAUAUCUGGCAAUAUGCAGCAAGUUGGCCGUUUAAUUGAUCAAGGCCAUCCCGUGAAUAUUCGUGACCAUGCCGGAUGGACACCUUUGCACGAGGCUUCAAAUCACGGACAUCACGAAAUUGUGAAGGUGCUUCUUGAACGUGGUGCUGCUAUUAACGACAAAGGAGGUAAAAGCUGCGAUGGCAUUACAGCAUUACAUGAUGCUUGCGUGAAUGGGUGCUUAGAAGUGGUAGAAGUGUUGUUGGAUCAUGGAGCUCAACCAACGCUUCGUACAGAUUUUAAUGACACGGCGUUGGAUUGUUUGGAGAAAUGGAAGAAAACUGCAACAUUGGACACAGCCGAACAAAUAUUUUACGAUGUAAUCAAAGAACGAAUUGUGAAAAUGUUGAACACGGCUGGAUGUGUUGAUGUGCAUUUAACAUCUCCCAUUAACGCUUCUCGCGUAACAAGUACAGGAAGUUCACUCAAUCGAACGAUUUGUAACAGAAAGAACAGUAGGAUCGGAACGCUUCGGAACUCUGCGUUUGUGGACAGUGACUCAGAAGACGAUAAUGAAUGUGUGACCGUAGCGGAAACGGUCGACGAAAUAAUGAACAAAGAAUUUCCAUCAACGGACAUAGAUGGGCCUAACGAAUAUCGUACAGCGAUCGAAAACGUGCGUAAGGUCAGCAGACUUUCAUUGCCGUCGCCAGCAAAGUCUGUCGAGUCAAAAAGGAAAACUGGUCUUUUGACUACGGACGAAGUUGGUGAAAGUUGGCUCGAAGAAGACGUACAAACGAAAAAGAAGCGAAAAUUGUCUUUCAUAACACGCACCUUUUCGCACAGUGAUGUGAACAGAUUGAGUCCAGCGAAAACAUUGUCAAAAACUAAACUCAAUCACAGCGACACCGAUCGAAGUAAGGAAAAUAUUGCGGUGAAUUUGUGGGACAAUGAAACCGUCGACCCAUACGCCAUAUUCGAUGAUGAUUCGCACGAUGCAUUCGACAUUUUGAUGAGUAAUGCUGCCACGUCAUCUUCAUCGAACCGCAAACGUCGCGUUUCAUCGAGUGACUCUAGAAAUCGGAGCAACAUCACGGGCAGGCAACCGACAUUGUUGAGCACUGGUUUCACUAAGACCACUCAAUCGACAGGUUGUUUUCUUGAUAAAUCAGUUAGUUACAGUCCGGUGACAGCAUCUCCAGCAAAGAAGUCAUCGCCAGUCGCAACCAAAAUGGCCUCAAUCAAAGUUAAAGUUGAGGAUCACAGCUUAAACGUCCCAGUUAGCAAUAUCGAAGAUUUAACAGUUGGAUGGUUAGCCGAAGAAGCAGCUCGUCGAUAUUACAAUUUGAAGGGAUUAAGACCGAUACUACGAUUGAUGACAGAAGAUGGAGCUAUUUUCGAAAACGAUGAUCCCAUCAGUGUCACUUUCGGCGAAGUUAUCUCGUCAACAGUUCUCGAUUGGAAGCUACCGCACAUAUCAAAGCGAUACAUAGAGGUGUGUCAGCAAUUGAAAACCGAGCCGCUUGAAUCCGUUCAAUCAACACUCGAACUUAUACAAGCCACACAAGAACUCAAAAUCACUGAUCAGUCCCUGGACAAACUUUCCAGUGAGCCCAUAUUCAAAUCGCUUCAGCAUCAGUCAAAUCUUGAAUCCAUUGACUUGUCAAACAACUUUUUGGAGGACGAAGUUCUGAAACUUUUCGCGACGAUUCUACCGACACUGACGAGGCUGAAGAACUUAAACUUAUCAGGGAACUACAUAACACGUGAGGGAAUCACGAAUCUUGCAUCCAUUCCAGCCGGCCAAUUUCCCGAUCUUGAAUCGCUGGACCUGAGCUUCAAUCCACUGACAAACCACAGUAUUCCUUCGCUAAACGUUCUACUAGCAAAAACUAGAAAUCUGAAAAAACUGUCGCUAUGUGCUACGGACAUAACAGAUCUACCCGAUCCACCGAACGAAUCAUUCAAAUAUUCCCAGAUCACAGACAUGGACAUCAGUUUCAAUCACAUCGAUCUAGCCAAUUUCAAUCGACUGCUGAAGAAGCUAAAUUCAUGUCGUAUGGUGUCACUGAAUUUAGCGUUUAGCUGUGCAGAUCGAGGAGUUAUGGAAUCAAUUGUUGCUUUUUUGAAUGCUGGAACGUGUGAAAAGUUACGUGAUCUUGAUCUGUCGGGACUAGACCUAGAGGACGGUGACAUAUGGCUGUUAUUACAAGCUCUCGAACGAACAAAAAAUUUAAACGUCCUGAGGCUAAUGGAAAAUCGACGUCUCACUUACAUGACGUUAAAACUAUUGAUGGAGCGCUUGGCCGCAAAGCGAUUGGAGUUGGACGGCUGUUGGAAAUUGUAUUCGAAAAUUGGUGACAAUAUUUACGUCAGCGGACAAUGUACGAUUGCGCACAUCCGGAUGACCGUUGAUCCAGUGACGAGGGCGAAUGAUUUAGAAUGGAUUAACGAAAUAUGGAGGCGGAUGUUCGGCGACGUGGCCAACGUUAAAGUUCGUCAGAAUUGUGUCACGCUCACAGUGAGCGAAAGGUGAAGAAUUUGUAAUGUAAUCGAACAAAUUAGAAAACAAUAAAUUUAUGCAAAACCGUU